AUGGCGAGGCGAUUAUAGGAGCAUACUCUAGAAAGAGAGCAGCACGAAAGAUCUGCUCGUACUUGGAGACAGCAUUUGGAGCGAUCCAUUUAGGCUGCUUUCAGUUUCGUCGAAGGGUCGCGAGCGAAUAUCAGUCCAAGUCUCCUAUUGCGCGGCUCAUCAAACGGAACAUCCAGUCUUCAACAAGAUGGUUGUGCUCGCGGCAUCCAUCUGCACCCGCGGCGGGAAGCCCAUUAUCUCUCGUCAAUUCCGUGAUAUGUCACGCUCUCGUGUCGAAGUACUGCUCUCUUCUUUCCCUAAGCUCAUCUCGUCCAAUUCGCAGCACACGUCCAUCGAGACGGACUCCGUACGCUAUGUCUACCAACCGCUCGAGGACCUCUACAUGAUCCUCAUCACCAACAAGAACUCCAACAUCCUGCAGGACAUUGAUACCCUGCACUUGUUCAGUCGGCUAGUGACAGAUAUGUGUGGCAGUGCCACGAGCAUGACUGCUUCGGGUGCGCUCGGGGGUGCGGGAAUGUACGGGAAGAUUGGCAGUGGAAGGGUAGACGAGCGUCAGGUGCUCAGGCUGAGCUUCGAGCUUUUGGGCGCGUUUGAUGAGGUUAUCGCCAUGGGAUACCGGGAGAAUGUCAGUCUCAUGCAGAUCAAAAAUACGCUCGAGAUGGAGAGUCACGAAGAGAAGAUUCAGGAAAUUAUCGAGAGAAACAAGGAACAAGAAGCCAAAGAGGAACUCAAAAGAAGGGCUAAGCAGCUCGAGAUGCAGCGUCGCGAAGCUACGAGACGCGGCGUUCCCGCCUCCAACUUUGGGGCGCAGAUGGCCGCUGGCGGCCCUGGUGGCUUUGCAUCAGUGCAGCAGCAGGCUCCUGCGACAGUCCAUCGCGAGAAUCUCGGCGCCGAUCGAUCGGGCACAGGUUCCACCGGUGCUUUGUUGGCCAAGCCUUUCAAGGGAAAGGGAAUGCAGCUUGGGAAGAAGGCAAAGACUACCAGCAUCCUCGGCGACGCUGGGGCUGCCGCUGCCGCUGCGGCGGCAGCCUCGGAAGCUGCGAACGAAGCUGCGUCAGCCAGUGCGCCAGCACCGGUUGGGUCCCAGUCGGCUGCGACGAUCGCAUCCACACGCACACCAUCGGCAUCUGCAGCGGCAUCCGACCCCUCCUCCUUGCUGCCGCCCAUUAGUAGGGAAGCUGUGCAUAUUCUCGUGCGCGAGCGCAUCUCUUUGCAGGCGGACCGCGACGGAAGCGUCACGAGCAUGGAGCUCAAGGGUGACCUUGAAGUGCGCAUCUCCGACCCGGCACUCGCCAAGGUCCGGCUGUCGCUCGCGGAUACGGCUGCUCUGAGCGGUGGCGAUGCGGCAAUGAACUGGAAGACACAUCCACAUGUUGAUAAGGCACAAUGGAGCGCCGGAAAGGUCAUCGCCCUCAAAGACGCAAACAAGUCGUUCCCCGUCAACCAGACUCUUGGUGUUCUACGAUGGCGCAACACCGCUCUUGGCAAGGACGAGAGCAAUGUCCCGAUCAGCAUCACCUGCUGGCCUUCGCCCAACACGGAAGGUGGCGCGGAAGUGACGAUCGAAUUCAAUACCGAUGCGCUCGAGACAUCCGCACCCGAUGCGGUCCUGCGCGGUGUCAGCUUGAUCAUCCCGCUUCCCGCAACCCUUGCGGACCCAGCUUUGGACGUGGCCAUCGGCGAAGUUGCCGUCGGCGAGGCGCACGUUGCAGAGGAAGGCGAUGCGCUCAUCUGGCUCCUCGGGGAUGAGCUCAGGGCCGGCGAGAGCGGCAGUCUGGAGUUUACAGUCAGUAACGGAGUCGAGGGCGAGGAUGUCAGCUCUUUCUUCCCAGUCCAAGUUGACUUCUGGGGUGAGAGCACGAUCGGGAAAGUUCAGGUUGCAAGCAUAGUGUCGACCGCAAACGACUCGAACGUUUCGUUCUCGCAGCAGAGCAUUCUCAGCCCAGAGAGCUAUCACGUAGGGUAGAAGACACGCGCGGGAAUAUGCGCGUAAUGGAAAGAUUCUUAUCUCUUGCGUACGUGCUACACCAUUCACUAUACCAUCAGCCUCUUUUAAGUCAGCUUGCCGUGAUCGGCUCCUCUAACCCUCUUCUUGUAGUCGUUCGGACUCUCAAAUUGCUUUUGGCUCCAGAUGCCU